UCUCAUUGGAUGCAGAAUACAGUGUGAACCUUUAGUAACACACUGCCACUGGUGCUGCUGCUGCUGGUGUCCCCUCAACGUGCCUUGACCUUCAGACUCAAUCAGGAUCCAUCCCUGAAGAGGACACUCGGCUGGAUGCUCAGGACAUGGAAACAAACCAACUCUGAAUGAAGAAUCCUUCUCCUUUUCCCUACUUGCACUUUUCCUGAACUUCCUCACUGCCAGGAGAGCUCUAUAGAGCUGAAUACAUUGGAAAGCGAAGUCAGCAACAUUGGAAGUCAUGCUGCCUUCUCUGCACUGGCUCCUGCUCCUGUGGGGACUCCAAGGUCUCUGUGCACAGGACUAUGAUGAAGACUAUGAGGAAGAGGUGGUGACCACUAAGAAGAAGCUCAAAGUAAUUCCCUCCAAUUCCAUAACGCAGAAAUCACUCAUAGAUGAAGAUUGCAGUUUGGAGAUAGCCUUCCUGAUCGACAGCUCAGAGAGCGCCAAGGACAACCAUGCCCAGGAGAAGCGCUUCGCCUCGGACGUGAUGGGCCGGCUCCAGAACCUUCGGCUGCAGACUGGCCGGGGCCUCAGCUCCAGGGCCGCCCUCCUCCAGUACAGCAGCCAUGUCAUCAUAGAGCAGACCUUCAAACAGUGGAGGGGUAUUGAAGACUUCAAGGCUCGAAUCACACCCAUCGCGUACAUCGGUCACGGCACCUACACCACCUACGCCAUCACCAACCUCACCCGUAUCUACCUGGAGGAGUCGGGUCCCAGCAGCAUCAAGGUGGCCGUCCUGCUCUUCGACGGCGUCUCACACCCGAGGAACCCAGAUAUAUUUUCUGCCGUGGCUGAUGCCAAAAACCAGGGCGUCCGAUUCUUCACCAUCGGCAUCACACCUGAAGCCAAUGAGCAGGCCAACGUAGCCCAGCUGCGGCUAAUCGCUAGCUCCCCUGCCUCCCGCUACCUUCACAACUUGCAGGACCGAAGCAUUGUGGAUAAAUUCAUCAAGGAGAUUACGGCUCUGGCAGAUGAAGGGUGUCCUCUGGCCCAGAGCAAGUGUGCUUGUGACAAGGGUGAGAGGGGACCCAGCGGCCCUGCUGGCAAGAAGGGCCGUCCUGGAGAAGAUGGAAACCCCGGCACGAAAGGACACAAGGGUGAGGGUGGGCUCAGUGGACUUCCUGGUCGGGAAGGAUCUGAGGGGAAAUCUGGAUACAAAGGAGAGAAGGGAGAGAGAGGGGAGUGUGGCACUCCUGGAAUUAAGGGAGACAGAGGUCCUGAAGGUACACUUGGCCCAAGAGGAAAUCGUGGACUUCAGGGUUCAGUUGGUCCACCUGGCGACAAUGGGCCUGAAGGUCCAAUGGGUAAAAAAGGGGAAAGGGGACUUUCUGGGCCACCUGGAAUCCAAGGGGAAACUGGGAUCGGCCUUCCGGGACCAAAGGGUGCUGUGGGUUACCACGGGCCAACAGGGCCUUCUGGUCCUCAGGGACUUGGCGAGCCUGGACCACCGGGGCCUCAAGGGUCACAGGGAGUCCAAGGAGAAAGAGGACAGAUCGGAGAGGGUCUCCCUGGACCAAAGGGCGGGCGAGGCUUGGACGGGCCGCGGGGGCUCCGAGGACAGCCGGGCGUCGGACUCAAAGGAGACAAGGGGGACUUCGGCCCCCCGGGUCUUCCAGGGCCACUCGGCCUCCCAGGAGUUGGCAUACAGGGCGAGAAGGGUGUGGAAGGACCGAGGGGCCCAUUGGGGAGCAGAGGCCCCGCAGGAGAGGGCUUUGCUGGAUCCAAGGGGGACCAGGGGUUGCCGGGCGAGGUUGGCGGCCCAGGAGAGAGAGGGGCCGGAGACCCUGGAGCGAAGGGUGAGCCGGGGUCUACGGGGCUGUCCGGUCUGCCCGGCCUGCCAGGGGAGGACGGAGCCCCGGGACAGAAGGGAGAGCCAGGACCCACAGGCCUCAGGGGGUUAGAGGGGGUCGCUGGAAUUGGCACCCAGGGUGAGAAGGGCGACCAAGGCCAGAGAGGAAUCCGGGGCCUGCACGGCCCCCCCGGCAUCGCUGGGCCCUCAGGACCAAAGGGAGAACCAGGGGCGCAGGGCAGGGGGGGCUCAGCCGGGCCCCCAGGACGUUUCGUCUCUGGGCCAAAGGGUGAUGUUGGCUCGAGUGGUCCUCCUGGUCCGCUCGGUGAGACUGGCUACGGACUUCCUGGUCCAAAGGGGGACCGUGGAGACUCUGGCCCUUCAGGUCCAUUCGGCCCCAAAGGAGAGGGCUUCCCCGGCCCCUCGGGCCCUCCUGGUCUGCCUGGACUCACAGGAGAACCCGGACAGGAAGGACUGGGCAUCCCUGGACCAAAGGGGGAUGUCGGUUACCGAGGGUUGCCAGGUUUGCCAGGACCUCUGGGCGAGGGCAUCCAAGGACCUCCGGGUAACGCUGGGCGGCCUGGCCCCUCAGGGCCGACAGGGCCACAAGGACAAGGAGUUCAGGGACCAAAGGGGGAGCAGGGGUCCCAGGGUGUGACAGGCCCGAGGGGGCUGCCUGGAGAAGGCUUUCCUGGAGCUAAAGGUGACCGAGGAUCUGGAGGGGAGAGGGGGCUGAAGGGAAUCAAAGGAGAGCUGGGAGACCCUGGAAACGCAGGGCAGCCUGGCCGCUCUGGUGUCAAAGGUGAAGCCGGCCUCACUAGGGACGACAUCAUUCGGAUGAUCAAAGAGAUCUGUGGAUGUGGGAUCAAGUGUAAGGAGAGGCCCAUGGAGCUGGUGUUUGUCAUCGACAGCUCAGAGAGCGUGGGCCCGGAUAACUUUGAGAUCAUCAAGGACUUUGUGGCGGCGCUGGUGGACCGCGUCACGGUGGGCCGCAACGCCACCAGGAUCGGCCUGGUGCUGUACAGCCUGGAGGUGAAGCUGGUGUUCAACCUGGCCCGCUACAACACCAAGCAGGACAUCAAGCAGGCCAUCAGGAACAUCCCGUACAUGGGAGAGGGCACUUACACCGGGACAGCCAUCCGUAAAGCCACCCAGGACGCGUUCUACAGCUCCCGUGUGGGGGUCAGCAAAGUGGCCAUCGUGAUCACUGACGGGCAGACGGACAAGCGGGAGCCGGUGAAGCUGGAUCUGGCCGUACGAGAAGCUCACGCCGCCAAUAUCGAGAUGUUCGCUCUGGGGAUUGUAAACACCUCAGACCCAACACAGGCCGAAUUCAUGAGAGAGCUCAAUCUGAUCGCCUCGGACCCCGACACCGAGCACAUGUUCCUCAUCGACGACUUCAACACUUUGCCAGCGCUGGAAUCCAAGUUGGUCAGCCAGUUCUGUGAGGACGAGAAUGGAGCCCUGAUAUAUAACAGAAUAACAAAUGGCUACAACGGCCCUGGGAACAACGGAUACAGGAACGGAAACAACGGGAAUUACGCCGUUGGAGGAUAUGCCUUCAAGCCUUCCAUUGAGCAGCAGGUUCAAGGCGGCCGUAACACUGGCACCAACACAGGGGUCCAGGUAGACUCCAAACAGCAGGGCAGCACAGGGUCCAGCACAGGGUCCAGCACAGGGUCCAGCACAGGGUCCAGCACAGGGUCCAGCACAGGGUCCAGCACAGGAUCCAGCACAGGACGUGGAGGAGGAAGUCAGUAUGUGUUGACUGGAAACGAGCGCGGGGACACAUUUAACCGCAACACCUCAGAGGGAGAGGAAUCCUCCAGUACGAGAGGCUCCUCCUCAUCUUCAUCAUCUUCUUCCUCAAGAAUAACCACAUCGUCCUCGGGUGUGUCCAUAGAGCGCGUAAAGCCAGCUCUCCCCAAAGAGAGAGUGCCGCUGGACCCUCGCUGCGGCCUGGUUCUGGACCAGGGCACGUGUCGAGACUACAACAUCCGCUGGUACUACGACAAGCAGGCCAACGCCUGCGCUCAGUUCUGGUACGGAGGCUGCAACGGCAACAAGAACCGCUUUGACACGGAGGACGAGUGCAAGAGGACGUGUGUGAUCAUCGCCUGAUAUCUGGUGACUCAUCCCUUCAAUGUUAACAUCUGCCAAACAUCUGCUGUAGGAGAGGCAGCUAACACCAGCUAUUUUUCAUGGGGUUGUGUAGUUUCUGCAUUUACACUGACGUUCUAUAUCCCUGUUACGUCUGUGGGCCUCUUCCUGUUUAACUCAUUGUAAAAUCAUCUUCCUGUAAUUAUAGUGAAAGAGAUCCCAUUUUGACAGAUACCUCCAUUUUUUUUUUUUUAUCUCAGCAUCUAACGCAGGAGAUAGUCCAGCGCUCCUACUCAGGAAUACAGAUGAGCUUCACUGUGUGUGUUCUUUUUCCAGGGAUCCCCACACCUCUCGGACAUGAUCAUGUUUGUGAGGGCUGCAAAGAUUGUGAAAAAAAUGACUGACCAGUAAAUCCUCUGCUACCAGAAAUCAAUGUGCCACAAUAGUGUAGCCGUUCAUUUCUUUACUCCAAAAAUUAAAUGUAGGUCCUUUUUAGUGCAUAACCGCAAGAGCCAAUAACACACAAAUGAAGCCUCUCAUUACUUAUAUCAAUAACAUGUAUGUUGUCCUUUUAUAUAAAUGACUGAUGCUCUGUAACUUCAUGGAAUAACUGUGCAUUUGAAUGUGUUUUGUUUGUUGAAUUAAAAUGUGAUUUUUGUACUUAUUACUGCUUAUAUUUGUUAAAGCAGUAAACUGAUCAACGGACUCACAUACACACACCACACACACACACACACACACACACACACACACACACACACACACACAUACACACACUGCCCUCUACUGGGUAACACAUGCUCAUGUCACUGAAGUGUUACCACAGUACAACAUACUAUGACUGUACUUCCAUUGUUGGUGUGUCACUAUAUUACCCAUCUGUACUGUAUACAUCCAUAUUGUACUGUUACAUGUUCAACAUUUGAUGUCAAACAUUCUAAAUAAAUCUGAUCCAAACUGAUACAGUAUGUGCGAAAGCUCACAUUCAUAUUAAA